ACCCCGGACGACUUCGUGUGAGCCUCACAAGCUCAACUCACACCCUUUGGCACCGCUGCUCUGACUUGCCUUGGCGCGCGCUUCUCUUUCCCCGUCGCUCCUUUUCUUCAUUUCAUGCGGUUGCACGCCUCAGCAACGGCACUGAGGGAGCACGCAGCGUAGCGGGAUACCACCUUUUGCGCGCAAUGGCAGACGGCAAGCGCCUGUCUACCGCCGGGAAAGUCGCGACGCCGAAGGUCGGAGACCAGUCCAUUCUCAACGACUCGCACCUGGUCAAGGCUAUUGGCAAGAGAGUCAAAGUCAGCACGUCGAUCGCGAACAAUGUCGUCGAAGGCACGCUCUUCGUAGCUGAUCCCAUCAGCAACACGAUAGCGGUCAACACGGUGGCCGCGGCGCCUCACGCCAGCCAGCAGCCGGGCAAUUACACCGUCAUCUCGAUCCCGCACAUCCAAGACUUCAAGAUUGUCACCGACGAUGGCGCAGCGGACCCCAGCGCGACCGGCUUCGAUACCGCGCUCCCUCCCAUUGCUCCGCUGGACUUGGGCGCAUUGAAGGCGAGGGAGGAGGCCCAGGUGCGCAAGCUGAUGGAGAAGGAGGCGACGAGGGGCAAGGGCGUGCCCAAGGAGGCACAGGAGAUCUUCGACGCCAUCAACAGAACGCUGCCUACGCGCUGGCACGAACAAUCGAUCGUCAUCAACGAUGCCGUCAUCCUCGGCCCGCCCUACACGAUCAACGACCUCAAGGCCGAGCAGGGCAAGGAGCGCAACGUCGAGCAGAUCAGGAAGAUCAUGGACAGCUUCUUCGCGCGCAAGAAGGCCGCGCAGCAGGGCGGCAACAGGCCUGGCGUCGUCACUCCGAUUGCCCCGAAGAAGGGCGGCUGAAGGCUCGGGGGUUCAUGCUUUGCCGUCCAUGCACGGAAUACGGAUUACAGAAAUGAGGACGCCCGUCGGACGUCUGGGCCUGGGAACAGUAGUCUGGAGGCGGUGCCGAGUGACGAGCGGCCGCGUGGUGAGUGGUUGGCAGCGAUUUGGCUAGGCGAUGCAGUAAAGGAAGUAGGAUAUCAUCCUUGUACGGUACCAAUGCAGAACAGACCAAAAGGACAG